GGGGAGUAAUCCAAUAAAGAGGAGCACAGGAGUCGCUCCUCCAUCUCUCUUUCAAGAACCAAAGACGCACAGCACAUCACGGCACAGGACAGGAACUGUUUACACCCAAGAUGGCGGAGCGCUAUGACUGCCACUACUGCAAGGAGUCUCUGUUUGGGAAGAAGUAUGUUCUGCGUGAUGAAAAUCCAUACUGUGUGAAGUGCUAUGAGAGCCUGUACUCCAACACCUGUGAGGAGUGCAAGAAACCCAUUGGCUGCAACAGCAGAGAUCUGUCUUAUAAGGACCGUCACUGGCAUGAUGACUGCUUCCACUGCUUCAAAUGCCAGCGUUCUCUGGUGGACAAGCCGUUCUCCACCAAGGACGAACAAUUACUGUGUAUUGACUGUUAUUCCAAUGAGUAUUCCUCUAAAUGUUAUGAGUGCAAGAAGACAAUCAUGCCAGGCUCCAGGAAGAUGGAGCAUAAGGGGAACAGCUGGCACGAGACCUGCUUUUCCUGCCAGCGCUGUCAGCAGCCCAUUGGAACCAAGAGCUUCAUUCCUAAAGACAACAAUAACUACUGCGUGCCCUGCUACGAGAAGCAAUUCGCACUGCAGUGUGUUCACUGCAAGAAGCCAAUCACCACUGGGGGCGUGACCUACCAUGACCAGCCAUGGCAUAAGGACUGCUUCCUGUGCACAGGCUGUAAGCUGCAGCUGUCCGGCCAACGCUUCACCUCUCGUGAUGAAUUUGCCUAUUGCCUCAACUGCUUCUGCAAUCUGUAUGCCAAGAAGUGUGCUGCCUGCACCACCCCCAUUAGCGGUCUAGGAGGAAGCAAAUACAUCUCCUUUGAAGAGAGACAGUGGCACAACGACUGCUUCAACUGCAAGAAGUGCUUGGUGUCUCUGGUGGGCCGUGGCUUCCUGACUGAGAGGGAUGAGAUCCUGUGUCCUGACUGUGGCAAAGACAUUUGAUCACACAGCAUAGCACUGCAAUUCCUAACAUUUUAUUCUUUCAACAAAGUUAAAUAGCAAUACAAGCUUUUAUCAUAGCUAAUAUAUUUGUCUAAUAAAAGUUUAAAGGAGCCUGUGUGUGCCAAGGCGUAUUAUAUAAUAUUGUGUCAUGUCUUUAUGUUCAGGGUUUAAAAUGUUGCCAAACAAGAAACAUAUGCAGAGUGAAAAUUGUCUUUGUUUUAAGAUGUAAAGACAUAAAGCACAUAAGUGUUAUUGCCUAUAUACCUUUUUUUUGUGACUAACAUUUGCUUUUCACUCAUCAAUCAAUAUUUGUCAUUUAUAGACUGUAAAGAAUUUGCUGUAGCUCAUAAUAAACUUCUUGAAAAGGCAUUAAUGAAAGCCUCAGUACUGCUUACAAGAGAUCACUACAA